AUGUCGAAACGCGCACAUCCUCACGAUGCUCAUCCGAGCGAUCACUCGGCAAUCUACAAUGAAGAUCUCAAGCAUCCUUCGCCGAAGCGCGCAAAGCAGAUUGACGAGCACUCGCCCUUUGUCUCUCUAGAGAAGGCCAUCGCGGAGCAGAAAACCGAUCAUUCGGUUCGCAACGUGUUGCACUGGUUUAGAUCCAAGGAUGUACGAGCAGACGACAAUCGCGCACUCUAUGCUGCGUCGCAAAAGGCAAAAGAGGGGGAUGGACACUUGAUCACCAUGUACCUGUACAGCCCCGAGGACCUCGAAUGGCACGGUACAAGUCCUGCUCGAUCUGACUUCCUGUUGGAGUCGCUUUCGUUGCUGCAGAAGCAGUUGCGUGAGAAGAAUAUCCCAAUGGCUGUUGUGACAGCUGAAGAAAGAGCGGACAAGACGGACAAAGUCAUUGAGUUCAUCAAGGAUAACGACAUCUCGCACGUGUAUGGAAACUACGAGUACGAGGUUGAUGAGACGCGCCGUGACAUCAAGGUCACGCACCAUAUUCAGGAAGAGAAGGACGUGUCCAUUGAGCUCCUGCACGACCAGACGGUUCUCGAACCCGGACUACUCAAGACUGGUUCCAGGACACCCAUGAAAGUCUUUACACCCUACCACAAAGCCUGGCUCGCAGAGACGAAAGAGAACCCAGAGCAUCUCGAUCUCGUAGGGCCUCCCGAGGCGAACGACAAGUCUGCUCUCGACAAGCUCAAGAGUCUGUUCGAUUCCAAGAUGCCCUCCUUACCUGAAAGCAAAGACUUCAUCAGCGACGAAGAGAGGAAACGUAUCCGUGGACUCUGGCCUGCAGGUCACGAAGCAGGUAUUGACCGCCUGCAACACUUCCUCAACGAAAAGGUAUCUGAAUACGCCGACCACCGCUCCGAACCAGCCAGAGACCCUUCCUCUCGCCUAUCAGCAUACUUCUCCGCCGGAGUCAUCAGCGUACGGGAAGCCCUGGCUGCUGCAAAGAAACACAACAACAACAAACACUUUGACGAGGGCUCCUCUGGCAUUGCUUCUUGGGUCCGCGAAAUUGUAUUCAGAGAGUUUUACCGUCAGGUUCUUGUGGCUAUUCCUCAUAACGCUAUGAACUUGCCUCAGAAUCUCAAGUUUGAUCAUGUGCAUUGGGAAGACGAUGAGGAGGGUUGGGAGAAGUGGUGUCAGGGCAAGACUGGUGUUCCGUGGGUUGAUGCAGGAAUGCGACAGCUGAACACAGAAGCUUACAUGCACAACCGCCUCCGCAUGAACACCGCCUCCUACCUAACCGCCAACCUCCUCAUCGACUACCGCCGCGGCGAACGCUACUUCGCCACCCACCUCAUCGACUGGGAUCUCUCCAACAACACCCAAGGCUGGGAGCCGUCCUACACCGUAUUCAACCCCAUCGCUCAAGCCGAAAAGUGCGACAAAAAUGGCGAUUAUAUCAGGAAAUGGGUUCCUGAGUUGAAAGAUCUAAAUGGUAAGGAUAUCUUUGAUCCGUAUGGCAGGUUGGGCAAAGCAGAGUUUGAGAAGUUGGGAUAUCCGAAGCCGCAUGUGGAUUUCAGCGAGAGUAAGCAGAGAGCGGUUCAGAGGUUCAAGAAGGAUUUGGCCGAAGCUGAUGUUUGA